AUGUCUUGCUUCCUCUGCCUCCUCACUCGGUGGACCUCCUCAGCCCUCUCUCUGCUGCUCCUCAGUGUAGUGGGCAGACAGAUGGGGCUGGAGGUGGUUCAGGCGAAGGUGUGCUCCAGGUGGGGCGCACCGGAUAACAAGAGCCUCUUCCAGGAUGGAGAUGUGAUUAUUGGUGGACUUUUCAAUGUGUAUUACAUACCAUCACCUGUCGAGCAGGUCUUCACCAAGAUGCCACAUUAUCAGCCUUGCACUGGUUUAGAUCUAGAGCCUUUAAAAUAUAUAUAUGCCAUGGCGUUUGCGGUGGAGGAAAUUAAUGGUAACAGCACCCUGCUACCAGGAGUGAAGCUGGGCUACCGUAUACUUGACAGCUGUUCCCGAUACCCCUGGGCUCUGCAGGGUGCACUGUCACUGGUCGGAGGAAACACGCACAGCUGUGGUUUAUCAGCCUCUAUGCCUCGUACUAAGCUUGUUCCGUUGCUUAUUGGUGCUGCUUCAUCAACAACAGGCAUAUUUCUCUCAAGGAUCCUGGGGCCUCUCUCUGUGCCAGUUAUCAGCUACUUGGCGAGUUGUCCUUGUCUUAGUGACAGGACAAAGUUUCCUAACUUCUUCAGAACAAUCCCCAGUGAUAUCUUCCAAGCCCGGGUCAUGGCACAAAUGGCCAUUCGCUUCCACUGGACAUGGAUGGGUGCAGUGAUAGCAAAUAAUGAUUAUGGUCAAUUGGCACUACAGGUGUUUCAGGAAGAGAUUCAGGGGAAAGGAGUGUGUUUGGAAUUCAUAGAGACUGUGCACAGAGAAACUAUAGUGAGUGAUGCCCGACGUGCAGCACUCACAAUUCAAGCUUCGACUGCAAGGGUGAUUCUCAUCUUUUGCUGGUAUACAGACACAAGGGCAGUAUUUUUGGAACUGGCCAAGAGAAAUGUGACUGACAGACAGUUUCUGGCUAGUGAGGCUUGGAGUACCAGUGAUGAUCUUCUCCAAGAUCUUACCAUCUCUAAAGUGGCAAGUGGUGUUCUUGGAGUGGCCAUUCGAAGUUCAACAAUACCUGGAUUUGAAAAUUAUCUGAGAAGUUUGCACCCAAGUCAUCGUCCUGAUGAUGAAUUCUUGCGAGAACUCUGGCAAAAAGAGUUUGGUGGGACAGAGUCUCUGGAGGGAGUGCAGCAUCCCUUCACUGACACCUCCCAGCUAAGGGUGGCAUAUAAUGUCUACCUUGCUGUUUAUGCUGCAGCCCACGCCCUUCACAGCCUUCUCUCCUGCCCCAACAGAGACAGCCCUCCUGGUAACAAGAGCUUCACUUGCUCCUCUCCAAAACACAUCAAACCCAUAGAGCUGUUGCAGCACUUGAACAAAGUGAACGUCACCACACCACAAGGGGAAAGGUUUUAUUUCCAAGGUGCCGACAUUCCAGCAAAGUACGACCUUGUCAACUGGCAGAGCAGCCCUGAGGGGUCACUCAAACUUGUUUUGAUUGGUCGAGUGGAUGGGUUUGACCUCCACCUGAAUGAGUCAGCUAUUCAGUGGAGCACAGGAUCCAAUCAGGUGCCUGUUUCAGUGUGCAGUGAGAGCUGCCCCCCAGGUACCAGAAAGGCCAACAGGAAAGGAGAACCUCUCUGCUGCUUUGACUGUAUCCCAUGUGCUGAAGGGGAGAUCAGCAAUAAAACUGGUUCCCUUCACUGUGAGCGUUGUCCAUCUGAGUUCUGGUCUAAUGUUGAACAAACAGCCUGCAUCCCUCGUCAGCUGGACUUCCUUUCCUUUCAUGAAACCUUGGGCAUUACUCUGACUACAGCAGCUGUGUCUGGUGUCACAGUGACAGCAGCUGUGUUUGUGGUGUUUCUUUACUACCGUAAAACACCUAUGGUGCGAGCCAACAAUUCAGAGCUGAGCUUCCUGCUUCUUGUGUCGCUGAAGCUGUGCUUCCUGUGCUCACUGGUCUUCAUUGGUCGUCCAUCAGUCUGGACUUGUCGGUUCCAGCAGGCAGCCUUUGGGAUCAGUUUUGUACUCUGUGUUUCCUGCCUCCUGGUCAAAACCAUCGUAGUCCUUGCUGUUUUCCGCUCAGCUCGGCCUGGUGCUGAAACCUUGAUGAAGUGGUUUGGUCCAGGCCAACAGAGAGGAAGUGUAUUCCUCUUCACCUGUAUACAGGUUAUCAUCUGUGCUGUAUGGCUGUCCCUCAGCCCCCCAGUGCCUCAACGUGAUCUGGGUUUCCAAGGGUCAAAGGUCACCCUGGAGUGUGCCAUGGCCUCUGUGGUUGGCUUCUCUCUGGUCCUGGGCUACAUUGGCCUGCUGGCCUGCACCUGCCUCCUCUUGGCCUUUCUUGCUCGGAAACUCCCCGACAACUUCAAUGAGGCCAAACUGAUCACCUUCAGCAUGCUGAUAUUCUGUGCUGUGUGGGUGGCCUUUGUCCCUGCUUACGUUAGCUCUCCUGGGAAAUAUGUUGUUGCAGUGGAAAUUUUUGCAAUCCUGGCCUCUAGCUAUGGUUUACUGCUCUGCAUUUUUGCCCCCAAAUGCUUCAUCAUUUUGUUGAGGCCUGAGAAAAACAGUAAGAAACAUCUGAUGGCCAGAUAG